AUGCAAUGGCUUGCAUUCCAUGAUACAUUCUUGGCGCUCAUUCAUUUAAAUCUGGAGGUCCCGGAUAUUCAAAAAUUUCACUAUUUGCGGGCAGCUGUCAAGGGAGAAGCUGUUCAGUUGAUCGAGUCGAUUGGUAUCAGUUCCUUUAACUACGUUUUGGCUUGGCAGACAUUGGAGAAUCGGUAUUCGAAUGACUACUUGCUAAAGAAGCGGCAUGUGCAGGCACUCUUCGAUGAUUCACUGAAGGCAUGGGAGGACCAUGCGUCGACGGUAGCGAAUCCGGACUACGCCUGUCUCAUCGAGUUUCUGCAGCGGAGAACACGAGUGCUAGAAUCCAUCUCUGUGAACCAUCAUACAGUAGAAUCAGCGUCAACUUCUGGUAUUUCAGCUCAUCCACCAAAGAAGAAUCAUCUCCACUCUCAGUUCCGCUUUACUUCGUGUGCAUCGACUGCAAGUUUAGGUGAAAAGUGCAUCGCCUGCAACCAGUCGCAUUCCGUGACGAAGUGUCAGAAAUUCAAUCGGAUUUCACCGAGUGAACGUCAGCAGCUUGUGAAUUCCAAACGCCUUUGUCACAACUGCUUGAAGGGUGAUCAUUUUGUCCGCAAUUGUCCUUCAAAUUUCAGCUGUCGGAAGUGCAAUCGACGUCACCAUACGCUUCUUCAUUCCGGGCAGAGCGAUGGUUCCCGAAAAAACGUUAGCGAAGGAGCUUCCUCUAGUCCUGGUGCAAUCGCUUCGACUACGCCAUUUAGUGGAUCUUCUGUGGUCGAGUCAUCUACGCAAUUUACGGUGGCUGCUACUGAGAAUGUUCCUGUGGACGAAGUUAGUUCUGCUCUACAACAUCCUCGCGAAGACGUCUUUCUUCUCACUGUCAUUGUGAUGGUCAUCGACACCUACGGUGUGGAACAUCUAGCUCGUGCACUUCUGGACAGUGCAUCUCAGCCGAAUCUCAUCACGGAUCGCAUGGCGCAAAUUCUACGAUUGCGGCGACAACCCGUAAAUGUUACGGUACAGGGAGCCGGCAAGCUAUCUAAGCCGGCACAUGAAUCGGUGUUCGCAUAG